AUGGAAGCUGUCUUCAAGAACAGCGUCUUCUACAUAUCAACACUCACUGCAUCGCUUUCCUACUGCUAUUUCUUCUCUUCAAAGCUCUCUAAAGGUAUUUUCAGGUUCAUCUCUCUUUUUCCAAUCUUCUACCUCUUUGCCAUUCUUCCUCUCCGCUGCUCCUUCCUCUUCCCCACCGCCGUCUCCUUCUCCUUCACCACCUGGCUUACAAACUUCAAACUCCUCCGAUUCGCGUUCGAUCUCGAUCCAUCACCGUUUCAACCUUCUGAUUCGCUUCUUCGAUUCAUCACCGUCGCUUCCUUACCAAUCAAAACGAAAAAUUCAGAUUCCGAUCGUUCCGCCUCCGUCAAAAGUUCGCCGGAGAGAUUUCUGUUCAAAUUAGGGUGUCGGAUCCUGAUUUUCUCCAUACUUGCAAGUCUAGUCCAGAAUUACAGAUAUCAGUUUCAUCCGAAGAUCGUGUUGGUAAUCUACUGUGUUUUGUUGUUUCUAAUAAUCGAUAUCGUCGCCGCCGUGGCCAACUCUCUCGUGAUGUUAUUGACCGGAUUUGAGCUCGAACCGUCGUCCAACGAGCCUUAUUUUGCUACAUCGAUACAAAAUUUUUGGGGAAGAUGGAACCUCUUGGUAACAAAUACGCUGCGCCACACCAUAUACAAACCCGUCCGGCUAACCUUUGCCGGCCAUUAUUGGGCGCCACACGCCGGCGUAAUUGCGUCGUUCUUUGUUUCGGGAUUGAUGCACGAAUUGUUCGUUUACCAACUGUCACGUGAGAAGCCUACGUGGGAGAUGACAUCAUUCUUCAUGAUCCAUGGAAUCUGUGUGGUGGUGGAGAUGAUUGUGAAGAGACAUCUGGCAGGUAGGCGGUGGCGGUUACCACAGUUUGUAUCGACGCCGUUGACGGUGGGGUUCGUGGCGGCCACCGGUUUUUGGUUGUUCUUUCCGCCGCUGAUCAGAAGUGGUGUAGACAUGAAAGUGCUUAACGAGUAUGAAUCUGCGGUUGGUUUUAUCAAGAACAAACUCAUUUCAGUUUACUCAUUUUAA